AUGGCCGGUAAUCAAAACCCCGGUAACCUCCUCCAACCGCCCUCACGAGGAGGUGCAAAACAUUGCUCGCAAGGGUGGAGAGGCCAGUCACAACAGCGGAGAGACAUCGCUUCUAAGGGCGGCCAGGCGUCUGGAGGUAGCUUCGAACCCGGCGACCCGAGGGCCCGAGAAGCCGGCCGCAAAGGCGGCUCCGCAACUAGUGCCGGCAAACCGGAGGAGUAA